AUGUAUCUGGUAUCUUUAACAAAUUUCCCAACUGCUUUGGCGCACUGCGUUUCCGUUUCUGUUUCCGUUUCCGUUUCCCUUCCUGCUCGCACCUGGCUCGACUUCCACAAGCCCCUCGCCUGCAUCGAGCCAUCAACCUACGCCGCUGUUGUCAUGCUGUGGCUCUGGCGUCGAAGACGACGGGACUCAGUGUACCUCUGGCUGCUCGUGGCAGCGGCAGUCUUCAUCUACGGCACGUACCACCUUCGCACUGCAGACGACGAGGGCCUGGCGUCCACGGUCAAGCACGCCCCGCAUGUCCGUGAUCCUGCGAGGAAGCGAGAUGACCACGCUUUUCAAGCUGCCCCUCCCCUUGGGGGCAUACCUGCUGCCAACGUGCAUGCGAGUCCGAGCAACGCCAACUCCAACUCGCCGUCACCGCCAUCGUCAGCGUGGUCACAUAACCGUGAGCAACGGCAAUCGAGCGGCCGAACCCUAAACCUCUUCCUCGUCCCGACAGACCAUCACGACUUUGGCCGGCUGCCGCAGUGGGAGAAGGAUGCCUUUGCGUCCGUGUCCCAGCUCUCACAGUGCGCAUUCGCCGAUAUGGAUGUGAGACUCACGGUGGUGGCGCCCACAUCAGAGCUGCAAGGCACGGAACUGACGUUCACGCGCAAGCACAUCGCCAGCGCGUGGAAGAACAAGGGCGCUUUCGACUUGGUCGUGCCAACACCCUCGGAUCGCGGUGACAAGGACUUGUUUCCAUGGGCUCACGUGCACCCAACAAACACUCGUGCUGCUGAUGGCAGCAGCGGACGCGACGAAGACACACAUGACCCACGAUCCAGGUCGGGCGGGGCGCAUGCGCAAUCCAACAGCAACGGCGCCGGCAGCACCAAUACAACGACUGCAGCAACGGUGCUGCUGGACAUUGGGGAGAUUUCGGGCUUGACAUGCGCGUUUGCCGACUGGGCGUUUGUUGUCAGUGACGAGCUGCAGGGCCGACGAGGCGUGGCAGGUGCUGCGCUUGCGCCCGCCACCAUGUUGCAGCAACACACGCAAAACAUCGUGCCAUAUUCCCAGCCUUUCAUGCACAUGCACCCUGGCGCGGGCGCAUACGUGCCUGUGCCGCACGUGUGGCGGUCGUUUCUGCGCUGGGCGAGCCGGCGUCCGCAGCAGGAAAGCCUUCGCGCCUUACACCAGCGCCUACAGACUGCUGCUGAGCUCCUUGGCUUUCUGUCAUCCAAGACCCAGCAACAAGAACAGCAGCAGCAGCAGCAGCAGCAGCAGCAGCAGCAGCAGAAAGAAGGUGUGUGGGGGAUCUUCUUUCCACAAGUGGCAUCGGCAUGGCGGCAGCGGGGCCAUCGCGCCCCGGAGGGCGAGGAAGUGACGCUGCCUCGAUCUUGGGCAGUGUGGCUGGCUGCAUAUUGCCUCCAAGAGCAGCUGUACUCGUACUACUUGCCGGCCCAGCUGCAUCUCAUGACACUUCAGCAGGAUGCAUGGCACCGUAGCGGUGCUGCCGAUGCACGUACACGAGCCAGCCAGGCGUUUGGGUUGGCAGCAGCACGGCAGCAACAGCACAAGCACUUUCGCAGUGAGCCGUUCCAAGUUUCGUCGCCGUCGUCAUGGAAGCACAGCACGCUCUUCCCAGAUGCCUUCCACUAUCUUAACUGGGACAAUGCAGUCGUGCCCGUGUGUGCUUCGUCACCGUGUGCACACGGCCGCCUGUGCAUUGACCACGACAAUGGCUUUGUCUGCUGUUCCCCGGAUGACCCAGCUUGCCACCAAGGCCGCGGAUCGCCGGCGUUGCUCGUGCGUGUGUUGGCACCUUGCUCACACCCAGGCGAGCGUCUCGCACGCACUCUCGCGCACUUGGCGGCAGCGGAGAAAGCGCUGUCGAGCCCACACGCCGCGAAUGCAGCUGGUGCCGACACACAGCUGUAUCGCAACCCGCCCGUGUACCUUGAGAUUGUCAUCACCACCACACCCGAUGACGCUGAGGAGGACAAUGAUGCCGCUGACUCAUCGCUGUCGCCCCUCGCGUCGUCAGCGUGCCGGGACGUGCUGCAGGUGGCCGAUGGCUGGCAGUGGCCGUAUGGGCGGCGAACGGUGCAGCACAUGCACACCACCCACAGCAUCAGCACCAGCAGUGUCCUGGAACACUCGCUCGCCACGCAGUCGCUCGUCAAGCAGGUGUGGGCAGCACCUCACCCACACACCCCAGGCGGUGCCCCAGCACACGUCCUCAUGGUGGAAGCCGGCUUCCAGCCCUCGCAUGUGUACCACGUGUGGCUGCAGUCCGUACUGCAGCAGUACCCAGUUGCCUCGUUGCCCAACCUUGGAGGCGUUGUGCUCCUGCCCACCGCGGCUAUUGCCAGCGCACGCGCUCGCAAUGAUGAAGUGGAAGGCGGUGACAGCAGCCAUCGGGCGGGCAGCGAAAAGACCGACGCUGGUGCUGUGAGCGCUGUCCUGGCGGCGGAUGUGGGGAGAGGGGCGUUGCUGCUGUUGUCGAAGCACCGCCCAGCGUUUGCGGAAUGGAUUGGUGAUGUUGCAUCACACCGGCUCUUGGACACAGGCCGCUUGCGCGGCGGGAAAGAUGCGCAGGGCAGACGCUUGCCUGCAGGCACGUGGCAGCUGUUUUCCGCAUACGCUGCACUGUUUGCACAGGACAAUGCCCUCUUCUUUCUGCAGCCUGAUGGGCAUGCCCUGGGCAGCUACGUUGGGGCAGAGCGGAGUGAUGUGGCGGGUGCCGCGUCACGCGUGAAGUUGCCGCCACUGUUUGCUUUACCAGCCGUGGAUGAGCAAGGGCAGGUGAUUCCCAUGUGCCACAACAUCGAGUGCCCUGCGAAGACGGUGUGUGUUGACUCACUGCAGGGCGCCGUGUGCAUGUGUGAGAGCCAUGACUCGUGUGGCUUGUUCGAGCGGGAGGACCGACGAGAACAGCCGCGAGAGCAGCAGCAACAACAACCCCCACCUGGCAAUGUGGGCGCUCGACAGCAGCCACCACAUCAGCAUGGCCAGCAGCAGCAGCAGCAGCAGCAGGAGCAUGAUGAGGAGGAGGAGGAAGAAGAGGUUCAGCGCGCUGUUGCGCGUGGGCCGCGCCUGUUCAGCGACGAGGCGACCGUUGCAGCCGUUGUGAAGAGCAACGCACGUGAUGGCACGAUUAUUCUGCUCACCACCAGCAGCGGGUUCAUGGACUUUUUCCUGAAUUGGCGGGAAAGCGCCCGGCGCGUGGGCAUCACCAACUACAUGGUGCUGGCAGAGGAUUUGUCGUGCUACGAGCAGCUGGAGGCCAUUGACCCGGGCAAGGCUGUGCUGUCAUCGGUUCGCAUUGUCAAGGCAAGCGACACCGAUGCGCAGAUUGGAAAGGACAAGACAGGCUUCUCCUACGCUUCCAAGCAGUACAACGAAAUUGUCAGCCGGCGCCCCACAUAUAUUGGGCGACUGCUGCGCAUGGGGUACAAUGUGCUGUACACAGACACUGACACGGUGUGGCUCGAAAACCCGUUUCAGCAUUUCCCACCAGACUACGACAUGUACAUCCAAAGUGACAAAGAAGAUGAGACGUUUGAUCCGUGGCACAUGUUGUGCACGGGGUUCAUGUUUAUGCGUGCGGGCACGGGGAUGAUUCAGUUUAUGGACGAUUGGCGAACAGCAUUGCAAGAAGCCCAAGGAAAGUUUGUGAACCAAUACAUCUUCAACGACCUCUUCCAAAGCAGGUACCGGGCAAAGCUACGCGUUUAUGUGCUGCCAGAUAUGAAGUUCCCCUCUGGCGCGCUAUUCUUCAACCGGGCGUGGCGUGAGAAGCAGCCGUCGCCACCAGCUGUUGUGCACAACAACUUCAUUGUCGGGCCAGACAGCAAGCGCAGGCGCUUUCGUGCUCGCGGCCUCUGGUUUGUCGACGACACAGUUCAGAAUGGCAAGGACAAUGACAAUGGUGGUCGUGGCACGGGUGGUGGUGGACGGGCGGAGUUUCGGUGAUGAUGGGUGAGCUAAGGACAGUGGAGGUGAAGGGAAAGGUAAGUAGAGACAGGCGGUAGGGGUGGUAGUGAAGUGUGACAACAGGCGAGGCAGAAGUGGGACACUAAUAUUGUGGUUUCAGCGCGCUCCGCUCAUUUGCUUGCAAGCAGCAAUGGUGCAUUUAAUGCCGUAGUUUGUACAGUGCAAUAUGUGAUGCAAAGCACGCGUUUGUGUACAUAUGAACAACAAUUAAUGAACAGCGAGCCUGGCCGGCAGCAGUGGUGC